AUGAGUGACGACGAGAAGAUAAUAUUGGCUACCAAGAAGGAGUCCAAGAAAGACAAAAAAGAAAGAAAGAAGGAGAAAAAGGACAAGAAAGACAAGAAGAAGUCCAGUAAGGAAAAUGAAGAAUCUGGCUCAGAAGAUGAGCAGAGUGGAUCUGACGAUGACGAUGAAAUUGCCAUUGAUUUGAAUGCAGACAUUCCACUUUCAAAGAAACAACAACGUUUAUUGAAGAAAGGGAAACUUGAUUUAGCAAAAUUAAAGAAAAAGAACCCAGCUCCUAAACCUGAGCUUACCGAAGAAGAGAAGAUUGCCGAAGCUGCAAAGGAAAAGGAAACCAAGAAAUCUCCAUAUGCCGUUUGGAUUGGUAAUUUAGCAUUUGAUACUACCAAGGAAGACUUGGUGAGAUUUAUAGUUGGUAAGACUUCUGGAUACAUAGGAACCGAUGACGAUGACGAGCUUAUAAAGAUCGAGAAUAUUGAUAUUACAAGAAUCAACUUGCCUAAGAAGGAAAAGAAGAUUAAAGGUUUCGCAUAUCUAGAUUUCCCCAGUGCAAAGCACGUUAAGAGUGCCAUCUCUUUGAGUGAGCAAAUAUUAAACGGUAGAAAGCUCUUGAUUAAAGAUUCCACAUCGUUUGAAGGUAGACCAGAGAAGGAUGCCAGUACAGCAGCUGGCGGUGUCUCGUUGUCCAAGAACCCUCCCUCGAGAAUUUUGUUUGUGGGUAAUUUGUCGUUUGACACUAGUGAAGAUAACUUGGAGGAACAUUUUAGGUUUUGUGGUGACAUUGUUAGAAUCAGAAUGGCUACUUUCGAGGAUUCAGGUAAGUGUAAAGGCUUUGCGUUCAUCGAUUUCAAAGACGAGACAGGUCCAACUACUGCCUUGAAAUCCAAAAUGGCUAGAAAGCUCAUCAACAGACCUUUGAGGUUGGAGUAUGGUGAAGACAGAUCAAAGAGAAACCCAGGUCAAAGGAACAGAGAGAGAAUGGAAGCAGGAAGUAUUGAAGGAGGUGAUGAUGUUCCAGCUAGAGCAAGGGAGAGAGAAUUCAGAGCAGACCAACCACCUCGCGAAGUACAGUUCAGAGAAAGAGAACAACAACCUCCAAGAGAACGUAGACCAGCACCACCAAAAAAGAGACAAUUCAAUGAUUACCAGGAUCCAAACAAGAGAGUCAAAUCAAGUGUUGCGUUGGCUACUGCUCAAAGAGCCAGUGCAGCCAUUGUUCCUUCCCAAGGGAAGAAAAUAUCUUUCGAUUGA